AUAAAACAAGAAAUAAUUUUAUUGUAGAUGAAAAAGAGAGAGACAGGAUAUUAUCAAUAGAACUUGCGAAUGAAGAGAAAGAGCAGUGAUAAAAGCACCAAUUAAUAGUGAUUGUUCUUUGUUUACGUUCUUGUUAUUUUCUUGCAUGUCGAAGGGCAUUUUUCCAAAAAAAAAGCUUGCCCUCUCCUACUCAAAACCGUGUACGAUCCUGGGAUCCAUUUCCACCUGCCAGACUCGUAAUAUUUUAUCCCAAGUCCACCGUUUUUAAUCGAGUCCUCUCAACGGAAACCAGCUCAUCAUCCCAAGCGAGCGCGUCUCAAGAUUCUCCACAUAAAAGCCAGACCCCCCACCCAUCCACCCAAACCAAGUGCUCUCCCCCCACCACCUUCCUUCAAAGCCCAGCAUUUCCAAACAAGUUCUCAGUUCUCUCUUUUUCUCAUCAACAUCGCUGCUCUUCUUACAACUACUUGCUGCUGGUGCUAAGAAGCAAUUAUCUUCAUCUACCAUGGCGAAGAAGAAAGCAACAUUGACAAGCCGAGCAUGGAACUUGCUUCGCAUGGCCUUGUUGUGGGCAAGGAAAGGUGGUUCCUUGAAGCGGCGGCUAAUGGCCGAUCUCCACUUCAUUGCGAGUCAUCUCAAGAGACUUGGAGCCGGUGACCACCCCUAUGGAGAGCUCCACCAUGGCGAGCGAGAGCUGUCAUUCGAUGAGACCCCCAAAUUCCGCUUCAAGAUACACCGGCCUCGCUUCCCAUGCAUCCAGCCGCCCACCAAAUUUGACGACAAUGAUGAUGAUGACAGCAGUGUCUUCUAUAAGACAGGCAAUCCGAAGAGCUGUAGCUACUUUCAGAAUGAAAUGGAAGAAGAGGACGUAACCGAUCAUGAUGAAGGUGGUCACGAUUAUGAUGAUGAUAGAUCGAAACGUGGAGCAGUCCAUGAAGAUGAUGAAGAAGAAGAAGAAGAGAUUGACUCGAAGGCUGAGGACUUCAUAGCGAAGUUCUACGAGCAGAUGAAGCUGCAACGCCAAGUCUCGCUGCUGCAGUACAAUGAGAUGCUUGACAGAGGCAUGAGUUGAAAGAAGCAUAAUACCACCAGAGGUUGGAAUUUCUUCUCGUGUGGAUGCUCUUUCAAUCCUCUGUAUCUAUCUACUUCUCCAUUCUUUAUUUGCGGCAAUGCUGUAUAUAAUAAUGGAGUUUUCCAAUAAGUUGUGGCUCAUUUAGUGCAUAAUCUGCUCCUUCUCUCUUAAAAAUUUGUUUCCCUUGAGUUUGGACAUAGAGAAAAUAAAGUUUCAGGAA